GUUUGAUCCCAGUCGCAAACAACAAGGUGCAGGAUUUGGCGCGGCUGCCAUCGACCUCGCCGCUCCUCCUUCCUCGCCGACCUUCGCUCCAUGCUGACCAUCAUCGUCGCGCCCGAGUCGCUGCCAGCAGCGGCGCCGACCCGCUCGCGCAUCGAGCAGUCGAUCUGGGAAAUCGAGGCUCAAGACACGGACGACGACAGCGACGACGAGCGGCCAGUCAAGAAGCGACGAGUAGAACCGCCGGCGCCAGCACCAGUCGCCUUUCGCUUGACCAAGCGGGAGCUCGAGCGGGCGGCGGCCAAAGCCAAGGCGCUCUGCAAUGCCAACGUGGCGGCGACGACGCGGGCUCUGGGCGAUACAACCCCAAGCUCGUAUUUUGCCAAGCUGACGCGCCGAAAGCGCCGACUCGCGUUCGACUAGCACCACGACUGCCGUGUCGACCUCUUAGACCCUUAUUACCUUAUUGUACCAAUAGAGACCUUGUACGCACUCCUUGUU